ACAACUCGAAUACGUAAGAAACAGCUCUGUCACAGAUACGAAAAGGAUAAUAAUGGCGACAAGCGGCAGAGAUACCCGACGACGUCGUAUUGUAGAACGGGGAAAUGACCGAUUAGCUCUAAUUACCGGACGGAUCCCAACCCUAUCAUCGGAAACUGGAUCGGAAACGGGAUCGGGAUCGGAAACUCGCCAUUCACACACCGCCUCUUGCCCUACUUGGAUAGAAGGAAAUCAUCUCCCUUCUAACCAAUCCUCUCCUGUUUCUAUUAGUGGGAACGAUGCCGCUAGACCAUUGUUGUUUGAUGGUGAUCAUGGAAUUGAGCCAGGCGAGCAUGAAGAAUCUGAUGGAAAAAACAGAACUCCAUUUAUGCGAAAAUGUGAGUCAAACAUUGAAACAUCAAGUGCACCUGCCUUGUAUCUUGAUGACAAAGAGCAAUUGUUUCCGGAUUCAUCUGCUGUAAAUCCUCCAUGCCUUUCUGCUUCUGAUGGGGGUCAAUUUUCAAAACUGAAGAGCAACUAUCACAACAUUUUCGCCCCAAAUAAAAUUAGUUCUGCAAUUGCAGCUUCCGAGAGUAUCCGCCUCAACUUUUCCCUUGUGGCUGCCAUUUUGGUUCUUGUGUCCUAUAACAGCCACUUCUUCAAGGUGGUCAUAUUUUUCAGACCUCUUCUGCUACUGAUGUUGACCAACAUAUCGAUUGUUAUUGCGCGCCUUCUCGCAGAAGAAGCUGGGUCACAGAGGAAUCAAAAAGCAGCGGCAAACGGUAUCCCUGGCGCUGGUAUGGUUGAUCAAAUUGGAAAGGCUCUGGAGCUGGGAUUGUUAUUGCAAAGCAUUAUGGGUGCAGUGUUUAUGGAUUGUAGUAUCUACUCAAUAACAGUCGUAUGUGGCCUUUCAAUAGCACAAAAGCUUGGCUGGUAAAUUUUUUCCUGGCUGGAGGAUUUUAAUAAUAGCUGUAUCAUCUUGAUGAAUUGUUUUGUCUGUUUUUUCCCCUUGUGUUAGGAUACCUUGUGUUGAGAAACAUUUUGCUUCUUUUCCUUCU